AUGACUAGAGCAGAGUUGAAAGAGCCUCAGAGUAUGGACCAUGCGCUGCUGCACCGCAAGCGCGCGCGGGUUCAUGACGACGGACAGGACGGGCGCGUGAUGGAUGAGGAGGAUGAGGACGAGGACGUGGCGCAUGAGGCGGAGGAGGACGGCGACGACGAUGAGGAGGGCGAGACACGAUGUGUGUGCGGGGAGCUGGACCCUCCAGACGCGUCGGGCUUCUUCAUACAGUGCGAGAGCUGCUCGGUGUGGCAACACGGCUACUGCGUGGGGAUCAUGGAAGGCGAGAGCACGCCGGAUAAGUACUGGUGCGAGCAGUGCCGGCCAGAGCAGCAUGCGGUCUAUACCAACGACCUGGGCAAGCGGCGCUCCAACUACAAGCCGACGCAACAGCGGCGGCGCCAGAGCCGACGCGCGAAACGCGGGGACCGGAGCGCGGACAGCGCGUCGGACGCAGACCGGCAGCGACGCCGGUACGACGACGAGCUGCGGCCGCGCAGCCGCGACUCCGGCCAGUAUGACGACGACGCACGAGGCCCAAACAGCUCUGCGGGGAGCGAGCAGGACGAGCGCCGCCUGCUGAACCGGAAGCGGGCGACGCUCAGUGCGCGCGAGGAGAAGCAGUACCAGCUGAUGCUGGAGGCCAUCCGCGAGAGUCGUCGCACCUCCCAGCCCGAGGAAGUUUUAAAGGCUGAGCACAAAGACCUUUCGGACAGGGAGCUGUCCGGCGAGGACACAUCGCCUACUACGGCCACAUCAAGCACAUCGAUGGGAACCCUACCCCCUGUGACAACGAAGCAGGAGCAAGGCAAGGGCUCGUCUUCUGAGGCCUCGAGGGUUCUGGGUAGUGGACCACCGGUAUCAUCAGGCUCGGCUGGAGCUAUGCGUAAACGUACGAGGGGCAAGUCCGCAACCUCGAAUUCUUCUUCGGAGGAGGACGGCGGACGCAAACGUUCGAGGCGCGGCGGCACGCGAAAGUCUGCGGGCAGCUCCAUGCAGCGGGUGCCGCCAGGGUCAAACAGCAGCGUAGGUGGAAACAAUGCCAGCACUAAUGGACAAGAAGUGGGCAUUGGCAAGCCGAUCAAGCCUAGACUGCCUACGCAGAAAACAAGCAUUUCGGAGAUGAGACGCAGAAUCUAUGCGAUUCUGGAGUAUUUGUCACGCACACAGUCCCAACUCACCGACGGUGAGUUGGGCAAGGAACAACUCAUUCAAUUUGUCGAGAAUGACGACUUUAUAUGCAAGAUCAACACUAUAUUUCAAGACUACAGCAAAUCCUUGAAAUUGAUGGACUCUUUAACCAGGAAGUUAUUGCUAUGGGAACAAAAAUAUGCUAGUGAAGGGCCAGCUACUUGA